AUACCACUCGCUCGUUGCAAAGCUUUUCGUCCUCUUCUCUCUUCAUCCAAGUUGACUCAGCGAAUCUUCAUCCAAAGAUGUCACACUCAAGGGAAGGAAGGUCUGUUUCGCCACGGGACUCUGCUUCACCUGGCAGACGUCAUCGGCCAAGGUCGAGAUCAUUGUCGAGGUCGAGGAGAAGUCGGUCAAGGAGUCGUGAUUCUGUUGGUGCAGCCAAUCCCGGGAAUAACUUGUACGUAACAGGAUUGUCCACAAGGGUUUCUACCACUGAUCUUGAAAAGUAUUUUGGAAAAGAAGGGAAGGUUUUGGAGUGCCAGCUGGUUACAGAUCCUCGCACCAGAGAAUCCCGUGGAUUUGGUUUUGUCACCAUGGAAAGACCUGAGGAUGCAGAGCGCUGUAUCAAGUAUUUAAAUCGUUCGGUCUUUGAAGGUCGAUUGAUUACUGUGGAAAAGGCAAAAAGGAAGCGUGGCAGGACACCAACACCGGGAAAGUAUUAUGGUUUAAGAGAUAAUAGACGAGGAUCUGGUCGUAGACGGUCUAGAAGCCACUCACCUCCUCGCCGUUGGCAAGACAGGAAUCCUUAUUCAAGGGACCGGCGAGGAAGAUCACGCUCUCCAUACGGUAGGAGGACGGAUGAUUAUGACUCAUAUAGGAGGCGCAAGGAGCGCUCCUUGUCUGCCGGUGGUAGUGGCUACGCUAGAUAGUCUAUCAUCUCUAAAGUUACUUGUUGAUUAACCUGAUGUGGGCUUUUCUUGUUUGGGAUUAAAACUGUCUUUUUUAUGGAUGUUUGUAUCAUGGUCUACCGUAACAAUUUACUCUUUGACUUUCAAGCUCCCUGGUUUUACACCAGGCUUAGAAAGAGUUC